CAACAAUUUCCGCGAGUCAAUGCUAGCGCGCUCACUCGUACGCGCAUCAACUCGCACACAUCUACUUCACAUCCAUCGUCCAACACUACGCGCCAUGUCCACUAUCCCCUCGCCAACCGGCUCCCCCGCCCCAAAGAAGGUGCGCGCCGACGGCGAGCCGUCGCUCAACGGAUCGUCGGCGGCCGACGGAACCGCCCCCGGCGUCCCCCAGGCCGGCGCGGCGCUCGUGAAGCCACUCAAGCCACAGCAUAAGCCGCAGCAAGGCAAGGCGAAGCGCAAGCGCAACAAGCGUUUCCUCCCCGACCCAUACUCCCACGGCGACAUUCUCGCGCACGACAUUGCGGAUUUCCUGGGCAAGGAGUAUGUGGAGGGCGUGUUGAAGCGCGGCGACGAGAGCGAGUGGGCGGCGCCGGAGGGAUUGGAGCUGCAGACGGUCUACGAAUUGAGGGUUGGGGCAUUGGGCCGCAAUGGCGACAGCAUUUCUCUCGUGGAGAAAGACGGCAAGCGGUGGGCUAUUGUCGCGCCUAUGGCGCACCCCGGCGACUUGAUCCGCGCCAAGGUGUGGAAGCACGACCGGUUCCACUCGGUGGCGGACUACGUCGAGACGCUCGAGUACUGUGACGACCUGCGUGGUGGCGAGGGCGACCGCCGCAAGUUCCCCGGGGCGGGGUGCAAGUACUUUGGGCUGUGUGGUGGUUGCCAGCUGCAGGACGUGCCGUACGCGCUCCAGCUGGAGCACAAGAAGCGGACCGUUGACCUCGCGUACCAACGCUACUCUGGUUUGGAUGGUGCAAAGGUGCCCGCGAUUUUGGACACGAUCGGGUCGCCAAAGCAGUGGGCGUACCGCACGAAGAUCACACCACACUUCGAUGCCAUGCCCAAGGCCGUGCGCGCAGCCGUGACCGAGGAGGAUGCCGCAAACACUGCUUGGAUCCCCAAGAUCGGAUUCAACACAAUCGGCGGCGGGCGCGUCGCGGAUAUUGAGGAAUGCGUGAUUGCUACGGACGUGCUUAACGCCAAGCUCACGGAGGAGCGCCAGCGUGUCAGGGAAACCAUUGCGACGUUUAAGCGCGGCGCGACGCUCCUUCUGCGCGACUCGUUGCCGCCUCCUGAGCCCCUUCCUACUGCCGAGCACCCCUUCGACCCCUCCACCCCCAUCGACAUCCCGCACGUCGCGAUCACCAACCACAAGGCGCAGGUGUACGAGCGCGUUGGCGACUUCCUGUUCUCCUUUGCUGCAGGCUCCUUCUUCCAGAACAACAACUCGAUCCUCAUCCCGCUCACCGACUACGUCAAGGCGGCCAUCUUCCCGCCCGGCAUGACAUCGAAGCGCCCCACGCACCUCGUCGACACAUACUGCGGCUCCGGGCUGUUCGGGAUCACGCUGAGUCCCGAGUUCGAGCGCGUCGCCGGCGUAGAAAUCAGCCAGGACUCGAUCACGGCGGCCAAGGCCAAUGCCGAGAUGAACGGGCUCGGGGACAAGACGACGUGGCUGUGCGGCAAAGCCGAGGACAUCUUCGGCGGGCUGGCUGAGGCGGGCUUUGCGGGCAGCCACUCGUGCGUCGUCAUCGACCCCCCACGCAAGGGCUGCGACACGCCGUUCCUCGAGCAGCUCCUCGAGUUCCGCCCCCUGACAGCCGUGUAUGUGUCGUGCAAUGUGCACACGCAGGCGCGCGACAUCGGGUGGUUCGUCAGCGAGAGCGAGAAGCGCGGUGAAGGCAAGUGGCGCUAUGUGCUGGAAAGCCUGCGCGGCUUCGACCUCUUCCCGCAGACAGCGCAUGUGGAGAGUGUGGGUGUGUUGCGGCUCGUCGAGGAGACGUAGUGAGCGGGCCCAAGCAGCGAGGAAGUGGGAGGUACCGGCGUUGGCGCCGGCGCCAUUGAUGUAAUACAGAAUUUGGAUGUAGAGCCUUG